UUCAUUUCUGUUCACGUUGUUCGUCGGUGUGAUAAAGUGAGCCCGAUAUUAUUUCCUCCUUCCUGUAGUGACCGUUGGCGACGUUAAUUGGCUUAAAAUGUGACGGCGCAUCGACUCGAAGGUUUACGGUAACGAGACGAAGUUGUAUUUUUUCACAGUGAGAGACAGAAGGGGUAAAGCUAAUGCCUCAAACAUCAGCGAGCAGACACACAGCAUCUCUUCUACACAAUGGACAAGGCUGGCAAGCUCAGUGCAGUGUAAAUCACGUUUAGACAGCACGGUUUGGCUCUCUGUGGGGGGGGGACUCCGAGUAGCCGUCGCAGCCGGAGAGCUCCUGCCCUCAUUUGUCUGUGACACAUAAAAUCACUCAGCUCCACGGCCCAACCAGAGUCUAAGAUGCCCUAGGCGAGGAGAAGGGAAAUGUAAAUGGCUUCCAAAGUAAAAGAUGCUGUGGUGUGGUACCAGAAAAAGAUUGGCGCCUAUGACCAACAGAUUUGGGAGAAAUCGGUGGAGCAGAGAGAGAUAAAGGGCUUGAGGAACAAGCCAAAGAAGACGGGACAUGUCAAACCAGAUCUCAUAGAUGUGGACUUGGUUAGAGGUUCGGCGUUUGCCAAGGCCAAACCGGAGAGUCCGUGGACGUCACUGACCAGGAAAGGCAUCGUCAGGGUCGUCUUCUUCCCGUUCUUUUAUCGGUGGUGGAUCCAGGUCACCUCCAGAGCCAUUUUCCUCUUACUGCUGGCUCUUUAUUUGCUGCAAGUGGCAGCAGCAGUCCUGUAUGUGACCAUCCCUCAGCCUCAUGGGAUACCAGCCACCGAGGUGUUUGGAGCCAUCUGGCUCAUGUUGCUGCUGGGCACCGUCCACUGUCAGAUCGUCUCCACCAGGACGCCGAAGCCUGCCUCCAGCAGCGGGGGGAAGAGACGCAGGAAGUUGAGGAAGGCAUCUCAGAUGGAGGUGCAUAGGGAAGGCGACGGGUCUAGCACUACCGAUAACACACAGGAGGGGGCGCCACACUCCCACUCAGCCAGCACCACAUACAGCCUGGGCGCUCUCUUCCAAGAUUUCUGGCAUGAUAUCUGUAAAGCUGGAUCUAAGAAGUCCAAGCUGUCCAUCGACAAAUCUACAGAGACAGACAACGGCUACGUGUCGCUCGACGGCCGGGUGACCAAUCGCAGCAGCGAGGAGGGGCUUCAGCUCCACGAGCAGCGAUGCGAUUCGCUGAACAGGGCAGACGAGGUGUGCUGGAACUCGCACGUCCAGCCCACGCACGCUCACGCAGCCCGCAGCACCGGGCUGAUGCUGGCCACUGGCAAUAAGGAACCAGCGUCAGAUGAGGCAUCCAGCGAGGAGGACCCCGAAGCCUCAUACAGCGCCCUCCGCAGGGGAGUCGAAAGAAUUAACAGUGACUGUACGCUCCGAAACCGCAAGAGUACGCACCACUACAAGAAACACUACGCUGUGGAGACUGUCCCCAAGUCCGGCACCAGCUGCAGCUCCAGAUGUUCCAGUCUGAGGACUCAGGACUCGGAGAGCACUCGACACGAGUCAGAGACCGAGGACCUGAUGUGGGAGGACUUCCUGCACUGUGCCGAGUGUAGAUCCUCAUGCACCUCAGAAACAGAGGGAGAAGGAGGAGGGACUCCUGUGUGCCCUCCUGCUAAAAAGGAAUAUAGAGACGACCCGUUCCAUCAGGGUCACGUUCCCUGGCUGCACAGCUCCAACCCCGGCCUGGAGAGGGUGAGCGCUAUCGUGUGGGAGGGGAACGAGUGUAAGAAGGCCGACAUGUCCGUCCUGGAGAUCAGCGGCAUGAUCAUGAACAGAGUGAAUCUCUACACUCCUGGUAUUGGUUACCAGGUCUUUGGGAACCUGGUUUCGGUGACGCUCGGACUCACGCCCUUUGUGUACAGACUGGCUCAGUACCGAGACCUGGAUCAGCUGACCACGCUCUCGGCCAACGAGCUGCUGUCCGUGGCGCUCGGGGGCGGUUCUGGGUCAGAUGCAGUGGUCAUCACCAUGGUAACGCUGAGCUUCCUGGUGCGCGUUUGCCUCAUAUGGCUCUUCUUCUUCCUGCUCAGCGUGGCAGAGAGGACGUACAAACAGAGGCUGCUGUUCGCCAAGCUGUUCGGUCACCUGACUUCAGCACGCAGAGCCAGGAAGUCUGAAGUCCCCCAUUUCAGACUGAAGAAAGUUCAGAACAUCAAGAUGUGGCUGUCGCUACGCUCCUACCUCAAGAGACGGGGUCCUCAGCGCUCAGUGGAUGUGAUCGUGUCGUCAGCCUUCCUGCUCACUUUGUCCGUCGUCUUCAUCUGCUGUGCCCAGUUGCUCCACGUCCAUGAAACAUUCCUGGAGUGUCACUAUAACUGGGAGCUGGUGAUCUGGUGCUCCAGUCUGUCUCUGUUCCUGCUCAGGUUCGUCACUCUGGGCUCUGAGACCAGCAAGAAGUACAGCAACACCUCCAUACUGCUCACUGAACAGAUCAACCUGUAUCUGAAGAUGGAGAAGAAGCCAAACAAGAAGGAGGAGCUGACGCUGGUCAACAACGUGUUAAAACUGGCUACCAAACUACUCAAGGAGCUGGAUACUCCGUUCAGGUUGUAUGGUUUGACCAUGAACCCUCUGCUCUACAACAUCACCCAGGUGGUCAUCCUGUCCGCUGUGUCCGGAGUCAUAUCUGACCUGUUAGGGUUUAACCUGAAGCUGUGGAAGAUCAAGUCGUGACAGUGAACAGAGAAACCGUGUCAACUUGUCAAUCUCACUGACUGAAAGACUGCGCGUCAGUCUUGACAUAUCGAGUGCUCUGACCUUCAACGUUCUCACUUUGUGCAAUUUAAAAAACUAUUUAUUUACCCACUCAGUGUUUUUACUUAGGGUUUAUUUGAAUUCUAGUUUGUUUCAUUUUUGUGUUUUAUGACACAAAACAAUGCUAUAUUUUACAUGUCUACAAAGUGUUAUUAUAAGCAUAAAUCAUUAUUAUUAUUUUUGUUAAUAUUAACGUGAUGGUUUAGGUUCUAAGCUGCAUUUGCAACAGUUUUCAUUUCAGCUCAUCUGAGGGUGAAGUAUUGAGCUGCCGACGAGGCAAAAAUCCUUUUAUUGUCAUUUUUGUGUUUUUAUUUACGUAAACUGAAAGUUAUUUAUGUUGAGUGAGUUUCAAAACAAACGUUCAAACUCUGUUACAAACUUAAAACCUGUUUUUAAAAAUACGUAAGUUUAGUCCAAUGGUUUUCUUCUAACAGAGAAAUUUGUCGAGAUGAGUUUCUAAAGUUUUAAUUUACGUAAAAAUAUCUUUGAUGAUAACUGGUGCAGUAAAUGCUUUAAACCACAGAGAAUAUUAGAAUUACAAUUACAAUUACAAAGACUCUUAAUUAUCCUGAACCUGCCUGGUUGGUGAGGAAAUGAGUCCACUAAAAGUUCAGAUGUUUGGUGUAACUUCUGGUAUUUGACAAAUAAGAAUGUAAAGAUUGUCUGUAUUAUUGAGUUCUCAGCAUCUCGGCUCCUCAAAAUUAAAUUACAGCUAUCCUCUAUUCUCUGUUCAAACCAGCCCCCAGAUGUUAACGCUUGAAACAUUUACAUAUCCGUUAAUGGGUGUUAACAGUAGUGUUCUGCAGGUAAAGGUUUUAAUUUUUUGACUUACCUGAGGAAGUUGUUCCUGGUUUUGUUCUCAUUUCAGUGGAGGUGAAAUGCAGGUCAAUAUCAGCUCUGAAUGGAAAUAAUAACAGAGAGAACAGGUUCCAUUCAUAGUCGCUACAGAUGCUGAACGAUUCCCAACUGCAGCUAUAAUGAAUAAAAAAGAUGCCUUUUUUAUUUAUUUAUUUUCUUAACUUAGUUUUAAUGGUUAGUAGUUUUAAUAGUAUUUCCAACAACACUUGUGAAAGUGGUAACUUCUCCUCACAGAGCUGAUGUAGUUCAGGAUAUUUUCAUAAUGUGUUUGUCACAACCUGAAGGUAAUUAAUGAAAUUUCAAACAGCUUCUUUGUGGAGCUUGAUGUUUUUUUUUUUUUUUUUUUUUUUUUUUUUUUGAGCCUCUGUUCAGAUUUCCCAGUAGGUCUAAUUCCUUGAUGUAAAGCCACAUCCUAACUGAAAUUAGCGGUUUUCAUCCUAGAUAAAUAUCAGCUGCUCUUGCCUCAGAUUUGACAUCAGAGUACAUUAGUUCUGAGUCACGUGUGGUUUUCUUGUUUCCUGUCUCUGAUUUGUUUGUGUCACUCAUUAUAGAGUGGUGCAGGAAUGAGUUCUAUUUUGAGGCUUAUUUUCUGCAAUAAUCAAAAAACAAUGGAAAGGUCCCAUUGGCUUUUUCUGGAGGGAACCAGGGUGAUGCUAACUUCCAGGUCGGCCUACAAAAAUAGGUUAUCCCACAAUUCUAUCAUCUGUACAAUUCUAUUACGAUGUCCUGUUCUUAGAUGAGACAUGACGCUGCUUAGUAACAAGAUAACUGGUAUUAAAAGGGGCCAUUGUUUAAAUAUUGAAAUUUUGCUCUUUAGAGCUUUUCACUUAGAAAAAUUAAAAGUUUUUCACAAUUUCAGCCAUUUUAGAAACUAAUUGGAUUUUACAUGAAACUUGACAUCAAACUCCCUGGGCUACUUGGACGACAGAUUCACAUGCACAGCCGUGUGACAGUUAUGGAAGUUUCUGCAGUUAAACAUGUCUGAACACGAACAGACAUAUGCACUUUAAAAACAGAUUUUAAAUGGAAGAAGUUACAUCUUGUUUCAAUGUCAAGAGAUUUUUUGUACCUCACCUGCUUGACACGGUGUAACUUUGUUUACUAUUCAAGCAAAUGCUAGCUCUGAACUUAAUAUUCACAUCACUCUCUGAAGUAGAUCCUACAUGGUACGUGAAGUUAUCACGCCCACAGACAAUAUCUUAAGUGUGAUUAAAUGCUGACACGAGUUGUUGCCUCAGUUAUUGGGUUAGCGGUUUGUUAACUCAAACUAACUUCAUUCAUAAAAAUGCUAGCAUAAUCAUCUUCAGUGUGUUUGAGGAGGAAGACCAAAGUGCUUAUUGUUUGUUUUUGUUUGUCUCUGCUGGAAAAAGAAUGUAUUUGCAGCAUUAUGCUUUAAAAUCUAUUUGUUUCCCUUUGGAAAUACUUUUAAGUUGUAUUUUUGUUUUCUUUGCGCUUUUUGUUCUUUCAUUAUUCAUUUGUAAAGGUCUGUUCCUCACGCUUGUUUGAAAGGAGAGACAUGUUCUACUGUGUUUUUAAGGAACAAAGAAGUUUGAAUUGUAUGAAAAUGAAUCUAGGUAAAAGGACUCUAUGUUGUGAUUCUGUUUUCAAAGAGUCUGAAUAUUUAGAUUUAGAUUUUUUUUGUGAACUGGUCUGUCCAUGAGGUCUACAUUUUAUAAGAAAAAUAAAAGAAAUGGAUGUUGA